GUUUGGUCAUUUUAUGUGAGCAGCAUCUUGAAGCAGGGGAGAGAAGAAACAGCGGAGUGUCUGCAGUUAUUGACACAGUAUAAUAAUAAUAAUAAUACUGGUCAACAGCAGCAGCAGCAGCAUGAGCAGCGCAGCGUAUCCCCCCCCCUCUGCACCCCCGGCCAACAUGUUUGGCACCGUGCCCGGCUAUGAAGGCAUGGCAGCAGGAGGAGGAGGUUACCUGCCCCCUCCUAUGCCCCUGCAGCCUGUGGCCCCGCCCCAGCCCAGCCCCGAGCCUGAGGACUGGAGCAUCCCAUCUCUGUCUGAGGAUGAUGCCCGUGAUGCGUUCAAGGACUAUGUGUCGUCUCACUGCUGCUACAAUAAAGGUCCUGCCAGUGAUGGAGUCAUCACCAAAAUGGAGCCGUACGACACGUACAGGUAUCGACUGGAGACGUAUACUGAGUCCAGGUCAACUGAGUGGGCCACCAAACCUCAUGAAGGUGAGCCGGCUGACUUCUACACUCAGACCGCCCCCCGACCCUGGGAGGUCCCGGUCACCGCCCCGAAUCUCUUCACCAAUCACAUGGAGGAGAUCCGCGUGCCCUACACCUCCUCCGUCAAGGACUGCAACAGCUGCCAUUCCACAGGGACGAUGCCGUGUGAUGAGUGUCAUGGAGAUGGAUCUAAAGUCUGCUGGGUGUGUAACGGCUCUGGGAAGAGAGGCGAGGAGAGCUGCACUCAAUGUGACGCUUCAGGCAAAGAAAGGUGUGAUAAGUGUGAUUCUAGAGGAACGAAGGAGUGUGAAACCUGUAAAGGAAAACGACAACUGCUGACCUACAUCCAGCUCAAAGUGGAGUGGACUAACAAUGUGGAGGACCACGUGGUGCGGCAGGACUCUGGUCUGGAGGCCGAUGAUCUUCGUUCAGUGACCGGGAAGGAGCUGUUUAAGAACAACCAGUACCUGCUCUACCCGCUGCUCGGCUUCCCCAACCCGGCCAUCUCUGAGGCCUCUGAGAAAAUGGUCCGAGAACACCAAAGCAAGUACGCUCAGAACGCCAGGAUCCUGCAGCAGAGGCAGACAGUGGAGCUGAUCCCCAUCACUAAGGUGAAGUACAAGUGGAAAAGUGACUCUCACAAGUACUACGUCUACGGCAACGAGCGUACGGUGGACUGCGACAAAUACCCUGCAACCUGCUGCUGUGUCAUCCAGUAGACACACACACACACACACACACACACACACACACACACACACACACACACACACACACACACACACACACGUUCAAGAUGUUUCUGGUGGUUCCCACUCUUGCAUAUAAACCUGUAUUUUGUGUAUGCUUAAACACGCAGAAAUGUUUUCCUGUUAUAAAGAAUUAAUUUAAAAUAUUAUCUAAAAUUAAUUCAAUAGUUAAACUUCAGUAUGUAACGUUUUACACAAAAAGGAAGGGAUAAUUAACCUUAUCGGUAUGGCAUUGAGUAUUUCAAUUUGUGUUCUAAUUAAUGUUAAAAAGUACUCAACACUAACUUAAUACUCCUGCAGGGACUCCAUUUAUUAGUUUUUUUGUGUUUCCAUAACUAUUCUGACUCUACCUCCUGCUCAGAGUUAGUGAUGCUCCACCAGGUGUUCUAAUAAGAAAACAAACAUAAUUUAAUCAUUUAUAUUGAGAUUUUAUUUAUAGAGAUUUUAAAACGAUAACUAAAUUGUCGAUAACAAAUAAAAAAAUUGUUCUACAUUUAAACCACACUUUGGUAUCCCUUUUUUGUCCCUGUAUGGAUACCUGUGUGGACCAACACGACCACCAACCAAAGGCUUUUUGUUAAAAUAUUUAACGUCUACUUCAAACACAUGCCAGUAUGUACCAUGUAGUGUCCUCAGUAUUGCAUUGAAAGCGCAUAUGUCCAAAUCAUUGCUGUUUCAAGAACAAUCAACAGUUUUGACCGGAAAAAAGACUGCAUCAUAUUUACAUGUGUGGGAUCUGUGUGGUAAUCGGGAACAGUUUAUUUGAACAACAACAGAAACCGGCUCACCUGGUCUCUACUUCUCUUUUUCUACCUGUGGGUUAAUGUUUCAUGAAAGUAAAAAGGUGUUAAUGGCCAAAUGUAUCUGCAUGUGCUCAUGAAUAUUUGAUGCUUUGUGAUAUACUUGUAGCUUAUUUUGAGAGCAAGCAUGGUGUUAUGUUUACAGCUGACUGUCUGUCUUGUCUUCAGCUGACAUUCACUACAGGAUGAAAUGUACAAGUUGUCCCUUUUAAACUGCCUUCCUGUCUUACACCAGACCUCCUUUAGAGGGUGCUAUAAUGAUGUAUCUGUGACAAAUAGGAGAAUGCCACUUCAUGUUUACAGCUGCAACCAAGCUUAUGCAAAAAACUGCAAUUCUUUACAUGACCCCCACGCUAAGAUGCUUAACUUUACAGCAGUAGUAAAAAAUGUUAACAGCCUGGAACAAAAAAAGUGUUGGUCUCUAUACAGUAGCUAAUUUCCCCCUUCAUGAUAACUGUUCUUGGGGUAUAUUUGUAUAUCAUCAUCUAUUUAAAUUAUAUUAAGGCGUUUCAGGGACUACGUCCAUUAUUAUGCAGUCUAUGGUUUUAAUCUUAAUCUAUCGUUGAAAUAUAUGUUAAUUUACUAAAUAUAAUCAAUUCCUUCCGUCUUGCAUUUUAUAAUAUCAAUGUUGCUUAUUGUUUAUCUUUAAGGGUUUAAGUUAUACUCCUUCUUUUCAAUAGAAAAACACUUCAGCAGUCGACUGUUUAUUUCAUGAAGACAGCCUUAAUGUGACUUUGCCAUUCAUUGUCUAAACUCAAAUGCUGGUGUGAUGUGACAAACUUUUUAUUGUGUGUAAUGUUAAUGCCUUAAACAUUACUGUGACUAGCACACACCUCUGCUUCUAACCUGAUGGACCUGAUAUACCUGAUAUAGCUAUAACUCUUGUUAGUACUCAAUAAUACUCUGUUGUUACAGUAGAUUAUUAAUUGUCGGUGACUGUUAAAGCUGAAAAAAAACUCUAAGAAUCA